UCUACAUCAUUGUACUUCUGAACCGAACAAUGACGUGCUGUAGUUCGGCAGCACAUUUCCCUCGCAUGCAUUCCGGGCAGAUAUCAUAGGCAUACCCUACUGGCUACAGUCUGUAGUCUUCGUGGGAUCGAAUCGAGGUAGACCGAUUCCUGCCUCCGAGCUCCGUAGAUAUGAGUGGAAGGUGACUGUAUGCCUAUCUGACUGUUUUUGCCGCAAGUGACCUCCAAACAAAACGUUCAGCGCAGGCGCAUUAGUAUUACUACAAGCAGAAAUCAAUGGUAAGGUGAAGACAAGAAAUCGAGUCAUUCACAGUAUCCGGAUGGGUAAGCACGGAGCCUAUCUAGCCAUCUUCGGCUUGCCUUUGGGUCUGGUGAUAGCCGGAGUGCAAGCCUGGUUCUGGCCCGUACCCGGAGUGGAGAUCGACAGGAUUUACGGUGGCCAAGUGUGUAUUGGCUGCAUCUGUCUGCUUAGCGGUCUGCACUUGACGACUGAGGACGUGAAAAAGGCAAAUAAACGACCGAGACCGUUCCUUUGGGGACUAAUCAGCAUUCUGCUGGUUUCGCCAUUGGCGGCAAUAGAGUUACUGAAUCUGGUACCACUCGAUACCGAUGCUACACCCACUCCCGCCACGCCGACACCAGGAACUACCGUAGAUUGGCAACCAGCGAGGAACACAAGCAAUGCCAAUAGCUCUUGUUCCUACGUCAAAUCUACCAAGGGACAGCUAGGCCCACAGGAGUUCGUGUAUGGACUACAAAUAUUUGGCGCUGGGCCAUGUGCAACAUCAGCAGCAUUUGUGUUCACGAUGCUUCUCGACGGUGACUUGACAAUGGCUGGUAUGGUGACUGCGGUCCCGACUGUAGCAGCGUUCUGGUACUACCCUGCCUUGCUCAACUGGCGCUCGAAUAUCGGAUUGGAAGCACGGUUCACUGGGGCUUCUUGGGGGUUCUUGAUUACUGAGCAGAUUCUGAUCGUGGUGGUUCCGUUUCUUUUUGGUUUUAUCCUAGGAUCGAAUUUACCGGCAUGCACAGAGUUUUCAACGUUUAUCCGCAAGCACCGAGCAGCCUUUCAGAAUGCCUUCAACACUUUCUUAGUCCUUCUCGCCUGGAUGGUAGUCAGCAAGAUCAGUGAGGAGAAGGUCUACAGCUGCGUGGACACCAGUGCUCUUCUGUACCUCAUUGGAAUGGCGGUGCUGCUACAUCUACUCUUCUUAAUCAUUAACUCUCUCGCAGCACGCAUGGUCUGCUUGAAGAAGGAAGACGCACUGGCUGUGGUGCUCAUGUGUAGUCUGAAAAUCCUGCCAACCUCCCUCGUUCUGAUCUCGUUGCUUGACACGGAUCGCGGUGCUAGAGAUCUUAUGUCGCUGGCGUGUAGAUUUGCUUAUCUAGUGCAGCUGAUGCUGAGCGCACUGCUCUCACUGCUCUUACUGAAAUGUGGUCGAGGAAGUGCAAUGUUGGAGAACAGCACGUCCCCUCAGUCUGCAAGCGAGGAGGAUAUGCCGGACAAUGACACGUUUGCUCUUCACCUUAUUAUGCAUCUCGCCCAAGCUUUGGCAGAAAAUGAUGCUGAUGAAGAGCAGGCAGAGGGAGAGACAUCCGCUGGCCUUUUAUACUGAAGGAGAGUUAUUUGCAUGAAGCACGCUGUGCAUAUGCAGGAUUGUAGGUACAGUAGUUUUAGGAUGUUCUUGACUUCAAUUAUGAAAUACUGGAUAUUUUACAUGAAUUUUAUAACGAUUAGCUGCACAGCAAUGGACUUGAAGCCUUGGCAAAGAAUCGCAAUCAGAGUAAUCCGUUAUAACGUUAUGGAUCAACUAGCACAUGCAAUAUGCUCUCAUUGAUAGAUAGAUUAGACAUGCUGUUCGCGUGUUUCCUCUGACAGUGUAUCACAUUAUUUGCCUAUGGUUGACUGUAAUCAUCACAUGCAUACAAUAGCAAGGUUCCGUGACAACGCAUAGACACACUGUACAUGACAGAAUCUGACAUCUUACGCACAUUCAUUGUACAUGACGUAACGCCCUAGACACAAGCUGCUACAUGAAGUAUGA